CAGGGGGAGGCACGACAACACAAACUUCAGAAAACCCUCUCUAAACACAGCAAUGGAGAGAGUACCUGGAGUGGAAGAGCAGAAGUCAGCAGACCAAGUUAACCAAGCUGGUCUAGCUGAUGAGAGUACCACAGUACCGUGGCUGAAGUUGGGUCUUGAUGCGCCAAAAAGUGAAGAAGUCAAGCCUCAAGAGGCGAAACCAGUGGCCACUCCACAUAGGACUUUCUCCUGCAACUACUGCAUGAGAAAGUUUUUCAGUUCGCAGGCUCUCGGUGGGCACCAGAAUGCGCACAAGAGGGAGAGGUGUGCAGCAAGAAGGACAUACAGACUUCAGAUGAUGAUGGGCCUUCCUCCAUCCGCUUCCUUUCUCCAACCUUUGAGAGUGAACUCGCACUCCACGAUUCUGAAGGGUCAUGGUGAAAGAGCUGCGGUUGCCGUAGCAAGAUUCGACGGAGGCCAAAUGAGUGGAUGGAUGCCUUUUGCAGUUGAAGAACCUGGAGGGUUAGUAUGGCCAGGGAGCUUCACAGCAAGUUCAGAUGAGUCCAAGAAGCAAAUGGAGAAAAAUCUUGACCUAACCCUGCGCUUGUAAAUUAAACUGUAAUAAGAAGUAGGUCAUCAUAUGUAACCAUUUUCUGAGUCGUGUCAUCUUUUUCAUAAUUUCUGUUCGGUGAACAAAUAUAGGCUAUGCCUCCCCCCUCCCCCCCCCCCCCCCCCAACGGCUGCACUUUAUCUGCUCUUACGUUACUUGUAGCAGGUUGAAAGAAGGACGAAAAUAAAUGUUUAUUAGUUACUCU